AUGCAUAAGCGUCUGGACACUCUUGGUAGAUCGCUGCGGAUCCGUUACGAACGGCUAGGGGACCUCUCAGACCUAAACAGGUCGAUUUCGGCUAAUGAAGAUGCAGUGCGACUGACUCCGGAAGGCCAUCCUGACAAGUCUCACCAUCUGGAAGUUCUCGGAAACUUGCUCUUCACUCGCUCCGAACGAGCGGGAGACCUUGCGGACCUUGAUAGAUCGAUUUUGGUUAUGGAGGACGCUGUGCGGCUCACCCCUAGGGACCAUCCUGAGAGGUCUAAUCGCUUGAUCAACCUCACCAAAUCGUAUUGGACCCGCUACGAUCGACAGGAAAACCUCGCCGAUCUUACGAUGUCAAUUUUUGCACAGGAAGCUUCAGUUCAGCUCACUCCAGAUGAUCACCCUGACAAGCCUGAGCGUCUGUCAAUUCUUGGACACUUGCUCUUGACCCGCUUCCAGAAAGUGGGAAAUCUCGAGGACCUUCAUAAGUCGGUUUUGAUGAAGGAGGAAGCGGUGAGGCUCUCUCCAGAGGGCCAUGUUGGUAGGCCUAUCUGUCAGAUCUACCUCGCCAUAUCCUUGUCCGCUCGCUUUAAGCAGCUAGGCGAUGCUGCAGACAUGGACAAGGCCAUUUUGAUGCAGGAAGACGCACUACAGCAUACGCCGGAUGAUUAUCAUGACAGGCCUAAACUUUUGCAUGACCUCGGAGAAAUGUACUAUAACCGCUUCGAGAAGCUGGAGAACCCCGCGGAUAUUCACGCCUCGAUUUCGGCGAUGGAAGACGCAGUACGCCUUACUUCCGACGACCACCUUUUCAAGUUGGCCUAUCUGUACAGCCUCUGCCUGUCGCUAUGGGCCCGCUUUAAUCGGCUUGGAGAUAUCGCGGACGUGGGCAGGGUGAUUUCGGUGGAGGAAGAGACAGUACGACUCAUCCCCGAGGACCAUGCUGACAAGCACAGGAACUUGAGCAGCCUCAGCGCGUCCUUUCGCGUCCGCUUUCUGCAACUAGGCGACCUCGCAGACCUCGACCGGUCGAUUUCCGCGCAGGAGCGUGCAGCGCAGCUCACUCCGGAUGACCAUUCUCAGAAGCCCGAUCGCUUGGCCGUCCUCGGCGGGUUGCUGUGUGCUCGAUUUGAGAAGCUUGGGAACGUGGCGGACAUAGAUAGGGCCGUUUCUGUGCGGGAGGAUGCGGAGCGACUCACGCCGGACGAUCACUCUGACAAACCUCAGCGCUUGGCCGAGCUCAGCAUACCGCUGACGCUUCGCUUCGAGAGGUCUGGCAAUGUCGCAGACAUAGACAGGGCGAUUUCGUUGCAGGAAGACGCGGUGCGGCGCCUUCCCGAUGGCGAUCCUCACAAGCCUGAGGGCAACCUUGCCAGUCCCCUCCUGCAGCGUUUCAGGCGCCAGGGCGACCUCGCCGACAUCGAAAAUUCUGUUUCUGUACUCGAGGAUGCGGUGCAAUUGACUCCCGACGGCCACCCCGACAAUGUCGCAAAUGGAGACAAGCCUGCCCGAGUGACCAACGUCGGCAGCUUGUUCCUGGGCUGCCCCACCGACCUCGGCGACUCUGCCGCCCUCGACAGGGCUAUAUCGCACUUCUCGAGCACGGCACGCUCAUUUGGACGCUCUUCAUCCACUCGCCUUCGAGCGUCCGUCCAAUGGGCCGAGUCUGCUCGUCUUCGGAACUCUGAUUGUCUCUUAGAUGCAUACACUACUGCCGUUGAUCCUGUCCCGCAAGCAGCGUGGCUUGGAUUACCCCUCAAAGACCGCCACCACGAACUCCUUCGAGCGGCGGACGUCGUGCGCGGCGCCGCUGCCGCUGCUCUCGAUCGCGGACACCGCGGCCUUGCCGUCGAAUGGCUCGAGCAAGGCCGCGCAGUCGUCUGGAACCUGCUGCUGCAGCUCCUCCGUACGCCCCUUGAUGAGCUGGAGAUCGACCAUCCUGCGCUUGCGAGUGGACUGUGUCAGGUCUCGAACGAAUUGGAGCGGGGCAGCCGCCAUGACAUCGCCGGAAGCAUGGAGAAUGACGAGACAGCAUCCCCGGAGGCGCAAGCCCGACGACACCGUGCCCUCGCCAGCGCGAAUACGAGAAGCGUCUCGCCGACGUUCGGUCUUUGCCUGGUUUCAGACGCCUUCUUGCUGCCAAAGACUCUCUCACAGCUAGCGUCUUCGGCGCAUUCGGGACCCGUCGUCAUUCUCGAUGCUAGUCGGCUCCGAUGCGACACAUUGAUCCUCAGAGCUGAAUCGGACGACGUGCCCCGUGUCCCUCUCGCCGCUAUCACUUACGAGGAGGUGGAGAAGCUGCAGAAAUCCAUGAACCAGCCGCUUGCCGCUCAUGGCCACGUCAUUUCGCGGACAGACAGGGCUGUGGAAUUCGCACCAAUGAAACAGACUCCUGAUCAGCGGUUCCAGUCCAUUCUCGCGAGACUGUGGGAGAAGGAUGCGAAGCCGGGGUUGGAUGCACUUGGUUUCUUGACUCCAGGUACUGGACAUCCGUCUCGCAUCUUCUGGUGCCCCACCGGCCCAUUCUCGUUUCUCCCCAUCCACUCUGCAGGUCUGUAUGACGCCGCCGAUCCUGGAUCCAAGCUGUCAGACUUUGUUAUCUCGUCGUACACGCCCACUCUCAGUGUCCUCGCCCAACCACCACCACCUCAUGAUGGCAUUUCCGCGAACACUUUGCGUCUUGUUGCUGUUCCCCAGCCGAAAUCGGACGGACAGGGCCGACUCCACGGUCCACAACGAGAGGUGGAUUAUAUCAAAGCGACGCUCGAAAGCCUCCCACCCACUCCCGUCUCGCUCGCGGUGUCCAACGGGACCGUGGAAGACGUGCUGGAGAAGAUGAAAGAAUCAGACUGGAUCCACUUUGCAUGCCAUGGAGUGCAGGACAUCCACAGUCCCCUCGAAAGCGGACUGAUGCUCGCUGAUGGCCGCCGUCUGAAGCUGACGGACAUCAACCAGUUCGUGCGUCGCCGUGGAGGACUUGCGUCCCUGUCCGCGUGCCAGACUGCUAUGGGCGACAAGACUCUUCCGGAAGAGGCGGUCCAUCUUGCUGCGGGGAUGCUGCUCGCUGGAUAUGGCGGUGUGAUUGCUACAAUAUGGUCGAUACGCGACGCUGACGCGCCGGAGGUGGCGAAGAGCGUGUACGAGCAGUUGUUCCGGGAUGGCGACUCGCCAGACUGCAGGCAAGUUGCGCGGGCGCUGCACUAUGCGGUGGAGAAUCUCCGCCAGCAGGAUGAUAUUUCCUUCGUGUCUUGGGUUCCUUUCAUUCAUGUUGGUCUUUUUGCGAUAGCGUUGCCCUCGUAA